AUGUCAUAUCAUCCCAGAAUCAUCUCAUCUCGUCCUAUCCACAUCAUCGCAAAUCAUCGCAUCGCAUCCAUCCUAGCCAUUCUAAACAUGAUAAACUCAGGGUCACAAAUCAACAGUAACAAACAAGGAAAGAAAGAAUACACAUCGCAUCUCGUCUCAUCCAUUUCCAUCAAAAAACUCAAUCUUCUGAUAUUCCAAGUCAACUCAUCUCAAAUGGUCAAGCCUAGCAGUCAUGCAAUAAAAGAAAACGAAGUUGUGGGCGUUAUGCAUUCCGGUUGA